AAAUUAUGGCGGUCUAGGAAUUUCUUCUUCACGGUGAGUUCAACUUCAUAUAAAUACGUGCCAUUUUAUAUGUGUAUAACAUCGAUGUUGAAGUGAUGUCAUUUCCCUCGCCAGAUCGUUGACCUCCGGUAGGUACGAGACAGUCUUCCACAUUCGCUAUAUUUUACCUUCAAAUGUUCUUACAAAAGAAACACUGAGUUGUUUUUUAUAAUUCACAGUCGAGCCCGCCUCGUUGAGAUUUUCUCUUUUUGUUUCUAAGUGUAAAAAUCCUUCACAAGCCGUUUGGUGAUCGACUGCGUCGACCUGCAUAGAACUCAAAGAGCUUAGUAAAAAUAUUUCUGCCUCAUAGUUAAAGAUAUUCCUGUUUUUUUUUUCCUCGAGUCCUUGAAAGAGAAAAUCUUUUUCGGGAUUACAGAAAGGUCUAUAAUCAGUUCAAAGCUGGUUGGAAAACUUUUAGAUUAUAACAGCGAAAAUUUUUAUUUCUUUCUCGACCUUUGAUAUUUCCGACACGCGCUUCGUUGUCGAGAUCGAAGUAUUUUUUUAGAUUCUUGAUUUUAACGUAACCGUAUGUUUGAAGCGAACUGGUCUCUCAAAUACGUAUUCACUAAACCUCCCUAAUUUUUGUAAUGCUAAGGUGAAGAUAUGCAGAGGUUUUUAAUGUGAUAUCUUUCAUAAUUUUAUGGUUUACUCAAGCAUUUUAUCGUAACUCUACGUCAGCCUUAGUUAUUGUCAUCGAAGUACAAAGCAUGUAUAAGCUGUGACUCGUGUCUUGCCAAUUAUAUGUUCAACGUAAUUAAUCUGACUGUAUAUUCUCGUGAUUUUGUAUUGAGAACUAAGAAAAGGUUUUCUUGGUGCCGACUUCAUGAUACAGGAUUUUGUAAUAUUUUUCUCACUGUGGUUUUUACUUUAAGUAAAAUUUUUGACACGUUUUAAUAUUGCCUUACAACAUGACGAAUAUCACAAAUCCACAGAACUGUUGCUAAACAAGAUGCUCUCAGAGUUGUAUGUAAUGAUUUCAAAAACUCUGAUUAUGCCACCGCGACUAUAAACUGUUAUAGCGUUGCUUAAAAUGUUGCAUUGUAAAAUUUAGAAAAGUUGAACAUUAAACAGCUAUUUUUAGCCAAGGGUCGAUAUUUUAAUCUCAAGUGUUGUUAAAAAUGUUAUGUCACUUAUAACUUAUGUUCUUUAAUAUUCAAAUUCUCAAAAUGAAUGUCCAUGAGAUUUUAUUCCAACCAGGGAUUGUUCUCAUGAGUGUCUUCGUCUGAAAAGUAAAAAUGACCGAAAAUUGUUUUCAGGUCAAGAAGUGCUCCUUUCAGAAUUUUUCUCAGGCUAUAUUUUUUUUACAGUUACCACAGGUGCAAGGUUCCUAUCAAAGUAAUAUUUUUGUGGAUAUUGUCUGAAAUAAAAUGAUAUCUGCUUUGCUGUUUGAUUAAAAUUUUUAUUGGCAUGUGGGUACCAUUAAUAAUUAUUCAGUGUUAAAUAUAAAUUAAUAUUUUGGGAUAUUUCAGUUAUGCAUUGGAACUUGCCUGUAGCCAGCAUCCUUAGUGCCAAGAUUAUGGUCACUGGAGGGAGUUGGUUGGUUACAAAAGGCUCAACUAUAACACACCCCAGCACUUUGACUGGGAAAUUUUGUAUAUACAUGUAGCUGGUCUUUUAUACAUGUAAGUGGUGGUGCACACGGAAGGAGAUUCAACUGUAGUCUCGUUGAAUUAAAAUUUAGUUACUUAAUAUAGCAAACAAGUAAUUGCAUUGAUAUAGAUAUGAAUGAAGUAUUUUGAUCUCUCAUAACAUUUUGCAAAUUUAACUGAUGUGAAUUGUACCAUAAAAUUGAAGAGCAAUAAAACCAUAGUGGUUAACACUUUUUAUUUCCUUACUGAAGUUAUCAAAUUCUUUGCUAGAGGAGAAAAAAAUUUGAUAAAUUUUAAGUUGAUGGACAGUAUUUGUGAAUAAUAUAGUAAUAUGGUAACUGUUCCUCACCAAUGUAACCAAAAAAGUUGUGUGCAAUUAGAAAAGGAACUAUUUUUAGAUCACAUUUUGACUGUCAUUGCUUUAAAGAAUGCUAUUUUUGUAUUGCAUGUGUAAUUAGUCUUGAAAAAUAACAGUUUUCUUCAACAAAGUUCAGCUACUUCUUACAGUUCAAGUAUCCUUCAAUGCAGUGUAUUGAUUGAACAUUAGUAGUCACUAUUGUUAACUGAAGAUUGUAACUUGAAUGUACAACAAUUUCACAUGACAUACGGUCUGUCAUAAGAUAAAAACGAACUUGUUCUGAGUUCAUCAAAUUUAUGUCAUCAGGUAGGGACAUGAUUGUGUUGACAAGCAUAUUUUCUUAGGUUUUAAACAUCCAUUUAAUCACCUCUUAAGAGAUGUAGUGAAAAUUGCAAUUAGGACAAUAUACAAAGGGCUUCUAAAAUCCAAUUUCUAUUUUAUAGUAUGUCACAUUACUGAGCUCUGAAAGUCACACUUCCAGCAUAGUAAACUAACAAUCAUAUGAGUAUCAAAUUAAUAAUAGUCAGGUAGUCUGUACACAUGCUCAAAGCUUCCAGACAUAUUGCAUGAACAGUAAAUUAGCAUUUAAUGAGAAAUGCCACUGAGAUGCAAUACUUCCAAUAUUUAUAACAGCAAUGCAUAAUAUCACAUACCCAGCCUAAGCUCUUUGAGUUAACAAAGGACAAUAAAGACCAUCUUGAUUCUUGUUAGAUGAGAGUUGUUUUUACUAAAAACAUUAGAAUUUAUUAACUGUAAUGAUAAAAAAGUGAUUAAAAUGGAAUGUUCCUACAUUGUGUUAUUGUAAUGUCAUAAUUUUCCUGUACAAUACUUUUUUAUUGCAUAAACUCUGUUUAGUAGAAUUUAUUGGAGCUUAUAAAUUUAAAGUUUUUACAGUAACUAAUUCGAACUCUUUUAUUGUAUAUUAUAUAUUUUGGCCUUUACUUUGAUAGUUCUAUAUUUUGGACAAUAUAAGCCAGUACUAGUGUACCUUUUGGAAAAUUAUAAUUUUGGGCUUAAAUUCUUGGUCAGCUUUAACAAGCUCAUUUGUGCACUUAAUUAUUGUUAAUUAACUAGUUCAAUGUCAUAUUUUUUUAUUAUCAAAUUUUAAGUAGAGGGUUAUAAUUCAGAAUGUUUAUGUAGCUUCAUAAAUCAUAAUGCUUCUUUGUAUUGCAGAAGAAGACCUCAUAUGAGGACCACUUCCAUAUAGUUACUCUUCAGAGGCUCUAAGAUUGGUGCAUUUAACUGAGUUCAACAUUAAACAGUUAACUGAACACGUCAAGUUAUGCGGGAAAAUACUCCUGAGAAAGCUACAGUAACUGCUCCCAAAACACUAAUCAUGACUCACAAUGACGACAACAUAGAAGAGAAAUCUAUUGACAAUCAUUCCAUGGAAGCAAAUGACACUGAGAUUUCUACUAAAGUGAAGCACAAGGAAACCAUGAGUGAUGAUGUGAAAAUGCAUAAUUUUACUGAAUGUUGCAGGUGAGAUUAAUUUGUCUAUUCUUGGCCAGAUAAUUAUUUAUGAGUAUUUCCCUUAACUGAAAAGCUCUUUCCUUUUUACCGAUAUUUUAAUACCCAGGGAGUUACUGCUUUAAUCUUUAAUUUUCAGGCUAGAGUGACAAUAAUAUUCUGGAUCGUUCAAAGUCUAAUACUAGUAGCUUUGUUUAAUUAACCUUGAUUGCUACAUUGUAUUUUGAGCUUAUAAACAAAGGAAGGUAGAAAGUUUUUCCUUUUUUAAAUGCCUUGACACCAACAAAUUUGUAUAGCUAAGUUUCUUAACUGUCAUAGAGACAGUUUGCCCAGAAACGUUUAAAAUAACUUUUACAUGGUGGUAACUUACUUAGCCAGGUUAAUCAUGUUGAAAAAGAUCACAUGAUAGCAUGCACAAAAGUAUUAAACUCAUGACUUCCUUUGCUGCAGUUCUGAGAGAUCUUUGAUCAACCAUAUUAUUCAAACAUGUGCAGAUUAACUCCUGAUCUAAAUUCAAAUCCCCCCUUUGUUUCAGAAGCAUGUUCAAGACAUAAACUGUAAAGAGAAUCAAACAGAAGUCGAUUAUCCGGCCAGGCACUCCUUUAUUCAUUCAAUGCCCAUUAUUCAUUCAAUGUCCAUGUUCAUUCAGUGUUUCCUGUUGAUGUUUUUGAGUACUUUUUCCAGCCUACUCCAAAGCUUUUGCCACCUACAUAAAGUCUAGAAUAAAUAUACGCUAAUUCCCGGUGCACUUAAAACUGUGUUAAAUAUGUUAUGAGCAACUGAAAUUAGUUUUUGACAGAUAUGGACAAACUACCUCUGAAUUAAACGGAUGGCCCCACGGUUUCAACGGGCGAAACAUAUUUGUGGUCCCAAUAUCUGAAACUUUUUUGGAAAACAAUAAUUAAUAUUUCCAGACUCAAGGUUAUCAAAUACCAUGUAGGUGAGCAAUAGAGACUUUAAAAAUCGCAGGAACCAAGAUGUUCUCAUGAUGUAACUGUGCAAUGUGGACAAAAUAAAAUUCUAAAACUUUUCAUUUUGUGAUUGAGUGUCUUGGUUACUGCCGAGAUUGAAUAUUAUUUGACCACGGGAAAAAAAUCACUAAUUUUGAAGCACUUUUUGUAGCUUUAAACAAAAAAAUCCAGACUUUUUACCAUUGAUCAAGACUUAAUCUGUGUUUUCCAGACUUUCUCCAGGUCUGGAAUUAAACUUUCUCAUAAACAGCUAUUUAAUUGCUUCGCAAAUUUCAAGACCUUUUCAAUGAUUCAAGACUCUGUACGAACCCUGUUUCUGUUUCUCGUAAAACACAGUUUUUAUCUUAUUCGAUAUUCAUUGCAUUUACCUUUCGUUUUGGGUUUGCCCGCAGAAUGUGGAUGUGCUCCCACUGCAGCAAGAGCUUUGCAUCCUCACGUGCUCUCAAGAUCCACGAGGUAAAACAGCACGAGAACGCCACUCGCCACGUUCUUAAAUGCGGCACGUGCAAUGAGGAGUUCGAACACUCGAAUCUACUUCAUAUCCACAUGCGAGUCCACCACAACGUGAAAGUGCGCUGUCCGCGUUGUAAGGACAUUUUUGAACACCCGAACGUCUUGAAACUGCACUACAAGACCCACCAUUCAGAGCCAGUUUGCGUCGCCUGUGGUUUAAAAUUUGACCACGACAAACUCUUGCGACUACAUUUGGAGCACUACCACAAGAUUGACAGCAAAGGUGCUAAAAAGUGUGUUACAGCAUCCAACGGCAGAAAAUCCAAAGGGAGUGCAGAACAGGAGGUGGCUGGAGGUGUGUGCGGAGAAAGCAUUGCCACUGUAGAUCAGGGAAAUGUGGACAGUGAAGUUGACGAGGAAAUGCGACAAGUGAAGGAGGACGAAAGCCGCGACGAGGCAAAUGGAGUUGUUACCAACCAAUGGGAUGACGAUGAUGAUGCGAUGUCGCAUGAUAGCAGUGAUUCCAGGGAUGAAGGUAGCAGUGAUGUUGAGAUAGAAGACAUUGAUAAAGGAUUUGAGCCCGGGUUAAGGGAGGCAGAGAGCCCUGUGGCACCAGAAAAACAAGACCAAACAGAGAGCCACGUGAAUUGUCGAGGUCAACCGCAAUGUUCCAGGUCACCUCACCAAUGUAAGGGAGAAACAGAAAGCUUUUUGUUAAAUACUGAUAGCGGAAGCAGUGAGGGAGAUGUUAAAAAGGAAAGAGGUGUUUCCUCAGUCGCCGUUGAGUGGCAAAACCCAAUUCGGCCACGGAGAUCCUCUGUUAUUGUUACCACUGGUAGCGCCUCACCACCCCUUACACAUAGCAAACAUAAAGUGAAGGAACUCCGAGAAUGUACGCAAGAGACACCCAAAUUUACCCUUAUUGUUACUGACUGGGAUGCUAGUUCCAAAGGAAGCCCACGGUCUCCGUCAGGAUCUUACGCGGAAUCGCCCGCUUCAACGAUGUCGGGAGACGAGAGCGGUGACUCCGAGUCGACCAGUCCCAGGGCACGCUCGGCAAAGCGUGUUACCACACUGCGCUGCAAUCGUUGUCAAGAGGAAUUUUUGUCUAAGAUGGAAUACCUUCAUCACCUGAUAUCGCAUCAAAAGGGAGAUGAGCUGAACAAGGCGGAAAAUGAUAUGAGUCCAGAAAGUAAAGCCUUCGAAAAGCUCAAGUCAAGUCUGCGAAUCAAAAUGGAGGCAAGACGAGAAGACAGGUCAACUGAUGACGAAACCCAUGAAUUCGAACGUGAAGUUCAGAAAAGAGCAAGUCCUGGUAGAGAUACUGAUGAUCCGAUGUUCUCACAUAUAUCUCGUACAAGCCCACCUUUUUACAAGGAAGCCCCGUCCCGAAAUUUGUCCGUUCCUUGCACGCUAUGUAGCGAACAAUUUUCCGAUUGGCGAGAGCUCAAGGCUCACGUGGAAAGUCGCCAUAAAAGACCUCACUGCUCCGAGUGCGGACUGCAGUUCGAUCACAAGAACUUGUUAAAGAUUCACAUGAACUCGUAUCACAGCUCUUUGGACGUUCUGCAGUGUUACCAGUGUGGAAAAUCGUUUGGUAACCGCUCGGAGUUUGUCAGUCACGUGACUUCUCACGAAACUUCGUUAAAAGGAACCAAAGACAUAAGAAAGGAGCAUAAACCUCUCCGACGAAUGUCUAGCGCGCCGGUGCCUGGUGAAAACUUGAGUCGAUUUCGCUCUCAGGGCCCUAUGUUAUUGGCAAGGGAUCGUAGUGGAAUCAGCCGUGAUUUGGGCGACAACGGUGAAGUCAAGGAGCGAGGCGAUCAGGUUUUACAUCCAAUGAAAAGCCAAAUUGACGACUUAAGACCUUUCGUUAAUCGAUUGUUUCCAAGUUAUGGGGUGUUCCGCCAUCAAAAACAAGAAACUAUUACGUCUCAAGAACAAGGUGAUUGGUAUCGUAAAAUAAAAGGGAACCUUUUUACAGUUCCAGAGUCCAAAACGAGAAUAUUUCUACCAAAAUGUCACGAGGAUGUAGGACAUGACCGCGAACAUUUGGGCGUCAAAAGACGGCUACAGGACGAGAGAGAGGAAUUCUCGCCAGGAAAUGUAAAAGGUGAUUUCGUCUCGAAGAAGCCAGCUUCUUCGGAGGAGGCUACAACAGCUCGGAUUUCAGCCUUUUCUGCAUACGAAAGAACUAGCCGAUCCGACGAGGUCACGAGGCAUCCCAUAUUAGGUAAAGCGAAGAGGGACCGGGAUGGCUUACCAAUUGGUGGGCCCCCUCCUUUGAUCCCUGUAGUUCAUCCUGGAAUAUCCCAUAGCUUCGCACAAACGUCGGACGCAGGUUUACUGAGAGUACAUCGUCCCGUAACCCGCACUGCUUCAGCAAAUUCAGCUCUUAGAUACCCGAGGAUGCUACCAUUCCCUACCCAGAAACCUACCUUGCAGUCCUCAAGAUGGGGACCAGACUUAGAGCCAGCAGUGCCUUCAAGCCCUGUUCGGGAUAGCCCGAGGGAUCCGCCAGAAUUACCAUCUCGAGAGAGUAUCAACAACAUCACAAAAGAGGCUCUUCUACAUUCUUUGUCCCUUAGGAGAAGAGCUAGCGCUCCUGAACUCGGAGCUCUAGUAAAACCCCUUGCCGAGCCUCGGAGUCGUGCGGCCCCCGAACCAAUUAAAAAUCCUCCUGGAAAUAACGUAAACAAUUGUGAGAAAACUGAAAGCGCCCUCGCUGCAGCAUCAGGGCGACUCCGCCAGCUCAAAGAAGGGUACCAGCCGAGGCGAAAACACCCGCGGGAUUUUACUUGCCACCACUGCGGGAUUUACUUUGGGCAUAAGAAACUCCUUAAGAUUCAUUUGGACUGCUAUCACGGCUCUGCACAAGAGCUUCAGUGUCUCCGCUGCGAAAAGAAUUUCUCCAGUCGCUCGGAGUUCCUGGAGCACUUGAUGUCGCACGAAGGUGGUGAUGAACUCCUGGCUAUUCAGAGAAAGCGUUUAAGAUUAGAUCGUCGUUCGUCUCUUCCUCACGAAGGGGAAACCGUCAUUAGACACGAACUCAACUCCACUGUAGCAAAGGAAACUACACCGAAGAAGGAAACAGUCUUACGGGACGAACCUAAACUGGCAGAUACCCCAGGGGAGCUUCGAAAACCCCUCCUGAAUGAGUUAAAAACGCGGACUUCCGAAAACCCCGUGGAGAAUCUGAAACCAAAUGGCGUGGAUGUGAAACGAGAAAGCCGUGUCAACAGCUUGAAACUCGGCAACGAGAGACGCGAAAAUGACAGUGACAGUGGUUCGAAUUUCUGCUUCGUUUGCGGGCAGUCGUUUACCAGUGGCAAGAAACUGGAGCAUCACAUCUCGUCGCACGCGGUGGUUGACCAAAAUGGCCGAUACUGCUGUUCGUUGUGCCAGAAGUCGUUUGACCAUCAUCGCAAGCUGGAAAUCCACACGCGCAGCCAUACGGGCUUUAAGCCUCACAAAUGUGAGUUGUGCGGACGGUCCUUUCCCUAUUACAGCUCUUACUAUUAUCAUAAAAUGACCCACACUGAAGACCGGCCUCAUAAAUGUGGAGUUUGUGGUAAGGGCUUCAUACAGACGAGGUAUCUUCGGUCGCAUAUGAAGACACACAAGGAGCAGAAUGGGUGGGCAAGCGACGAGGAACUUGAUGUUGAUACCGUCGCCGAGCAAGUAAAGAAAAACGAUGGCGCAAACACAACUAAGAACUCUCCUUUUCACGAGACUGAGACACAGAUUGAAACAGAGCCGACUGAUCAGGAGGGUUAUUCUUCCCAGGGAGAAUUAGAGAAGCAUGAUACAGCGAGAAUAUUGUGCAGUUUCAAGCAAAGUAGCAACGUAGGAAUGCGGACGCAGAGUCGGUCUAAAGAUGAUCAGAGAGACAGUGAACUGCGCGAUGACUUGGUAUUGGCAAACGGUUCUCACAGCGAGGGCACUCCGAGCGUGAAUCAAACCGAAGAGGCGAACCUUGGCGCUCUUGAGGAUAGUCAACUUAAAGGCACUCAGGGUCUUAGUGACGCUGCUGAAGCUGCAACGAACGUCAAGAAAGAAACUACUCAGGGUACAAACGAUGAAUCUCCUAAAAAGACCAAGAAAAAGAAGUACAAAUGUAAACACUGCGAGAAAAACUUCAGUUCUUAUAGCAGCCUGCACGUUCACGUGCGCAUCCAUACCGGUCAUCGGCCAUACUCGUGUAACCACUGCUUCAAGAAGUUCACCCAUUCCAGUGGGUUAAAGCGUCACGUAAGGUGUCAUACGGGAGAGAAGCCGUAUCCAUGCCCGGCUUGUCCUUCGGCUUUUGCAGACCGUGGUGCUCUCAAGUCACAUAUAAGGACUCACACAGGGGAACGGCCCUUUGUCUGUGAUUUCUGCAAUAAGUCUUUCACCCAACCGAGUUCUCUUCGAGUGCACAAGAAGACGGUGCAUGCUCACGAGUUUUUCGAUGAAAAAUGACUGCAAAUUGUCCAUUUCUUACGCUAUCUAGAUGCUUUUUCUCGUCAAAUUUUAGAUUUCUUGUAGACUUAUCUCGCAUUCACUGUGAUGUAACGUUACGAAAAAGAAAACGAAAACUAGUACAAGAGACUGUUCCUAGUCUAGGCAGUGUUAGACUUAUUUCUAUUUCCUAAGUACAAUUGUAAAUGGUAUUUAAUUGCCAAAUUCGAAUAGUUAUUGGCUUUUCAAAACUGAAAUGAAUUUACAUUAAUUCACAGAGAAGGAAUUUAGAUUCAGGAAAAAUCUCGAUUAAUUUUCGCUUAAGUUGGUGAAGUUCCAGGUGAAACAAGUGAUCUCCCUAGCAUUUGGUUCCGACUUGAUCAAUAGUAGAGUUCGAUUUUAAGUUAAUUCAGAGUAAUAACAACGAAGAAAAUAAUAGGUGGAUAGUAACUUGAAUUAUAAUGAUAUCAGGUGUCACGACCUGCUAUGGAUAAUAUUUAACCACAUGUAAUAAAUUAUUUAAAGUUUUUUGCCUCGCCCAAUCAAGUUGAACAAUUUACUGUUGAGCCUCUCUAAAACGGCCACCUUGGAGACAGAAGAAGGU